CACCGUGGUAAUAAGAUGGUUCUGGGAAGUUCUGGAUUGUUUAACAACCAUGGACUCCAAGUACAGCAACAACAACAAAGGAAUCUCUCACUGCAUGAAUACAUGAGUAUGGAAUUGUUGCAAGAAGCUGGAGUCGCCAUUCCUAAAGGACAAGUGGCUAAGUCACCAGAUGAAGCUUAUGCAAUUGCCAAAAAACUAGGUUCAAAAGAUGUUGUGGUAAAGGCACAGGUUUUAGCUGGUGGUAGAGGAAAAGGAACAUUUGAAAGUGGUCUCAAAGGAGGAGUGAAGAUAGUUUUCUCUCCAGAAGAAGCAAAAGCUGUUUCCUCACAAAUGAUUGGGAAAAAGUUGUUUACCAAGCAAACAGGAGAAAAGGGCAGAAUUUGCAAUCAAGUGUUGGUUUGUGAGCGAAGAUAUCCCAGGAGAGAAUACUACUUUGCAAUAACAAUGGAAAGGUCAUUUCAAGGUCCUGUAUUAAUAGGAAGUUCUCAAGGUGGUGUCAACAUUGAAGAUGUUGCUGCAGAGACUCCUGAAGCCAUAGUUAAAGAACCUAUAGAUAUUGUAGAAGGCAUCAAAAAGGAACAAGCUGUCCGGCUUGCACAGAAGAUGGGAUUUCCACCUAAUGUUGUGGAUUCUGCAGCAGAAAACAUGGUCAAGCUUUACAACCUUUUUCUGAAAUAUGAUGCAACCAUGGUAGAAAUAAAUCCUAUGGUAGAGGAUUCAGAUGGAGCUGUGCUGUGUAUGGAUGCGAAGAUCAAUUUUGAUUCGAAUUCAGCUUAUCGCCAGAAGAAAAUCUUUGAUCUCCAGGACUGGACUCAGGAAGAUGAAAGGGACAAAGAUGCAGCUAAGGCAGAUAUCAACUACAUUGGCCUAGAUGGGAAUAUAGGCUGUCUAGUAAACGGUGCUGGUUUGGCUAUGGCCACGAUGGAUAUAAUAAAACUUCAUGGAGGGACUCCAGCCAACUUUCUUGAUGUUGGUGGUGGUGCCACAGUCCAUCAAGUAACAGAAGCAUUUAAGCUUAUCACUUCAGAUAAAAAGGUACUGGCUAUUCUGGUCAACAUUUUUGGAGGAAUCAUGAGGUGUGAUGUUAUUGCACAGGGUAUAGUCAUGGCAGUAAAGGAUUUGGAAAUUAAAAUACCUAUUGUGGUACGGUUACAAGGUACACGAGUGGAUGAUGCUAAGGCACUGAUAACUGACAGUGGACUUAAAAUUCUUGCUUGUGAUGACUUGGAUGAAGCUGCUAAAAUGGUUGUAAAGCUCUCUGAAAUAGUGAACUUAGCCAAACAAGCCCAGGUGGAUGUGAAAUUUCAGUUGCCGAUCUGAUCUGAGAAUCCAGUGGAUGGCUGAAGGUUUUAAAUGUGCUAUAAUCAUUAAAAAUACUGUGUUCUGUGUUAUUAGUGUUCCUUUUCUCAUUCAUGUGUGAAGACUAUAAUUGCCAUCUAGGCAUAAAAACUUUGAAAAGCA